AUCUCUCGCAAAUUUUCUUCGAAUGCAUUUGACAAAAUUACUACGGUUUGUAAAGAGCGUUUGCCAUUGUAUUCAUUGUGAAAUGUCCUACUUCUCGCCACGCGCUGUUCAAUUUGCACGAUUAUCUAGUCUCGGUUGAUAUGCUAAAAAGUACACGCGGAACAGUUUCGAUCACAAAAGAGCCGAGGACGAUGACGACGAUGACGCUCAGGCACGACAUAUGUCUCCGUUCGGUUUUAUCUAUAUCCAUGCCUGUUGCGUCCGACAAUCCCUCUCUUUAUUAGCCCUCUCUCUCUCUUUCCCUCUUUCCCUUUCUUUUCCACUCUCCGACGCCUCCGCAACUUUCACCUGACCACCCUCUCCCAUCGUCUGCUUCCUUCCUAUCUCUCCUCUCUCUCUCUUUCUCGCGACGCUUGGCAGCUUGAUACAUCCCUGCGGACCGUACGAGCGAGGAGAGCUUUCGCACCCUUCCACCCAGCCAACCUUCUACCCUUCGCCGCUCUUCCGCCGAGUUGAGCCGCGCGCGCGACUCAGUUACUGAGGUAGUGGCGACUGCACACCAUACACCAGCAGCAGUAUCCAGUCAGCACCCGCUUGUCAGUUGGCGGAUAUCGUGGCGGCAGCUCGCCAUAAAGUUUCCCGGCGGACCGGUGCGAUUUCGCGCGAUUAUCGAGUGUUGCCGGGACCCAAGGGAGAGCGCGCACUAAUUAACGGCGAUGGUUAAUUGACGAAGAGCACGAGCCGCCAAGAGCAAUUGACCGCACGCGCGCCGACGCGAGCAGUUGCAGCCUGUUGCAAGCGCCUGACUCUGACAAAAAACAAUUAAUGUCGCAGAGGAACCCACUAAGUGCUAUUUCAAUUUGCUUGGGAAAAGGACAAAGUUUUCAUGCGGCUUCCAACUACUAUGAUAUUUUUCUACAAAUGAUAGUUAUCAAAUGAAAGACAGACUGAAAUUCCGCGCAAAGCAAUUAAAAUAAACGAUACGAUACAAAUAAAAUAACUUCCAGUGAAAUGGAUGAACGAAUAACACGAGGCGGCAGGUGGGUUUGUCCGAACGAUCGGCAUUUGGCGUUGCGAGCAAAAUUGCGAACAGGAUGGUCUGUGAAAACGGGAUCUUUUGAAUCUCAUGGAUGGGGAGAAUAUCCAAAUUCUUAUAUAAGUGGUUCCAAUCGUUGCGGACAACCCUUUUUACUUAGUGAAGAUGAACGACAAAGUAUUAUUCAGGUGAUUCAAAGAGCCGAGGCUCUGGAUCUAUCAGAGCAAGAGCGAGUCGGUAGACUCGUCGAGAGGCUGGAGAACAUGAAGAGGAACGUGUGCAUCGUGACGUCGACUAGGUCGAACGAGAGACGCGGUUGUGGAAGCCGAUGCUCCGGUGGAGCCCGUUGCGUCUGUUCGUGCGCGCUCUGCGGCGAAAAAUUUGGCACAGUGCUGGGAGCGAGCGCAAACCUCUGCAAGGACUGCCACAGGUACAUCUGCCAGAAGUGCGGUAUCGAGGCCACGAGGCUUAAUCUGCCGAAAGGGAGCGGCGACAGAAACGACACGACCGCUUCAUCGCGCAGCUCGUUGCGUCUCAUGAGAAUUGCUCAGGAACGAAUGGCCGUACAAAGAAUCGUUCAAAGAUCCCAUGGCAACGCGCAGAAGCAGUUUCUCUGCCGGAUUUGUGCCGAGACUAGAGAGAUGUGGAAGAAAAGCGGCGCUUGGUUUUUCAAAGGCAUGCCAAAAUAUAUCCUACCAGAAAAGAAGGAACGCGGGUGGUCUCGACCUAGUCACAGGACGUCGACAUGGACAAUAAGCAGAUCUUUAGAUUCAACCGAUGCCCAGGACUCUUCGUCCGACGAUGACGCAACGCGACGACUCGCGGUAACUCGCGGUCAUUCCAUCUCGCCAACAAAUCUAUCGAGCAAUCGAGAAGGCACCCCUACCAAACUGACGGUUUCUAGUCCCGCGACCAGCACCUCAUCGCCGAAAAGUCCUCGAGGAAGGCCAAACGGUCUAUCGCCUUCGGGAUACCGCGAGGAUGCCGGUUCCGACAGGCUGGACAAGUCUUGUCUGUCGAUCGCAUCACAAUGUAGCCGACUUUCGCCCACGGGCUCAAUCAGCACCCCUCGAUCAAGGACGAGCGGCAGGAGUCCGAGUGGCCUGCAGACCGAGCAACACGUGUCUUUCGAGAACAUUUUCGUCGACGACGAAAAGGCCAACGAAGCCGACGAUGAUGAAGAAGAGGAUAGUGAAAACUCGAGUAAUCUCAAGGACGCUACUACCUCCCUGGAUCGAUCGAAGAGCACUCAGGUACAAUCUCUCAGACUGAAGACACCGACGAUAACAAUGUCCCCCAUGACGCCGACCACGCCGGUCAAGCGGUUUCAGACUAUGAGCAAGAUUCUCGAAAGAAAUACGGAACGGGAUGCGAACAAAUCCUGCUCGACUCAGGACAGCUCUUCCAGCGGGACUCGCAGCAACAGCCAAAUCAAGGCAUCAAGAACCCCGGAAUACCCAAAAGAGACGGGACAAGACUAUGGGACUCUCGAAGUCUCCUUGCGAUACGACCCGGCCGAUCAGUGCCUCCAGUGCAAAGUGGAACGUGCACGUCGUUUAAUACCUAUGGACAUCCAAGGCCUCGCGGAUCCUUUUUGCAAGCUGAAUAUAUUGCCCGUCGAAAAGGUAGCGACAAGCAGUCGAUUGCGAACAAAAACGGUACACAAGACGCGCGACCCCGAGUUCAACGAGACGGUGAAUUUCUACGGGACGACAGAAACCGAUAUCUCGAGUGGCAAAGUGUUGCACAUUUUAAUCAUCCAGGACGACCCAUCGGGCCAAGACUUUCUGGGAGAGGCGAAAUUUCCUCUACACGAAUUACAACCAUACCAAACGAAACAUUACAAGGUUCCUCUGCAGGCUCAUUAUCCGGUAGACAACGAAGAGGAAAUUUGGGGCAUGUGUUCAAGCGGACGCGGACAGAUACAGAUAAGCCUGAGCUAUUGUACGCGUCGACGUGCGUUGCUGGUCACUGUACACCGCGCUACGAAUCUCCUGCCCAUGGACAACAACGGGUUUUCUGACCCGUUUGUCAAGCUGGCCCUCGUCGAGGAUGCGACCGACAAUCAUCGGCAGCAACGGUUCCUAGAUUUCUCGACCGCUCGCGCUACUGCCAAGAAGCUGAAGAAAACGGCCGGCCGCAACUCGCAGAGCACGAGCAUCAAACGCAAGACGCUGAACCCAGAGUGGAACGAAGAGUUCGUUUUCGCGACUCGCUUGACGGAGCUGAUGAAGCUGACGCUAUGUCUCUCUGUAUGGGACAAGGACUUCGGCAAGAGUAACGAUUAUUUAGGCGGCCUCAUGUUGGGUUGUAGCAGUAAAGGGGCGCGUUUGCGGCAUUGGAUAGACGCAAUCAAAUUUCCGGAUCAUCGUCAUUUGGCGUGGCACAAUUUGGCGGAGAUGGACGUGCCUAUGGAAUAAUAAGCUUCGUCUCAGCGAACUAGAAUAGGUCAAGCUUAAACACGCACGAAACAUGCGGGCUUUAUCGACGUCACGCACGCAUGUAUGCAUACGAAAUGGUGUAUUUAGCGCGGAUUAACGAUUUACCGCGUUAUUUAUCGUUGCUCAAUAAAAUCAAGUAUUAUAAAAUAAAAUAAAAAGAUUGAUACGAGAAAUAAAGACAAGUAUUCCCCGA